AUGUUAGCUAGCCGAGAAAUAAAUGAUACUGGAAAUGAGACGAAUGCCUUGUGGAGGCUUCGAUCGACGUUCGAUGAGGUGCUCGUGUACAAGAACUCAUUUUUGAUCCGAUUUCCGUUCCUUGAAAAAGUCGUCCACGUCGAGGUUGGCAGCCAAGUUUUGGACGCAUGUGCCACCCAUAACUUCCUGACAAUUAUUACCGAGGAACACAUCUAUAUCGUGCGCAAGGACCAGAUUGAGAAUGCUGAUCAGCUCGAUACCAUGAUGGUCCCCUAUGACGCCGAUUCGCAAAGUAUGAACGAAGCCUUGCACCGAGGUGAACUAGGAAACGGUCUGAUCCCACGAGUUUGUGAACUGACAUGGAUAGAAGCGCUCGAAGGUGUGAAAGUGGUGGAUAUCGUGGCCGCCGGUUGGCAGCACAGCGGUGGCAUGACAGAUGAUGGCGACGUAUACCUAUUGGUGGUUGCGAAUCAUCGAGAGGCAUCGGCAGAUGAAAAGGAUCCAGUUGAAUACUAUCCAUCACCGCUAGAGAUCGACAUUCGGAUAGUGAGAAUAGAAAUGAGGGAUCAUUUGACCGCACUGUGGACAGCUGAAGAUCACAAAAGGCGUGGUUUCCAAUUCGCUGCAUUGUGCCCACCGCGGUCGUUUCAGGGCAGAGAUUGA